AUGCACUCGGCCAUCCUCGCCGCUGUGGGCCUGUCCUCCACGGCCGCGGCCCUUGUUAGUGGUGACGGCAAGACCGGUCGUCUCCCGGCGCUGGGUGGACCUCGUGGAGGGAGUAUGGUCACCAAGGAGAUCAUUGUGGACACGAUCAAGUUCCUCCAGGAGAUCAAGCACACGGUGGACCAGGUCCAUGAGUUGGAACUCGAGUCUGAUGCCGAUCCUCAACCACGCCACCUUUUGGAGCGGGCCGGACGUUCAACGGGUUCUGGGGCCAUGGGGACUGGGAACAUGCUCGAAGGCGGCAACGGGAAUCUCACGCUGCAGGAGAGCAGGACCCAUUUCGUGUUCUGGGCCGUGCUCAAGAGCCCACUGAUCAUUGGGACGCAGGUGGAGGGGAUUCAGCCAGAGAUCAUGUCGAUUCGGUCGAUUCUGUCAAUCGAGGAGCUUGUCACACUUGACCAAGAUCCGAAGUUCGGGACGGCGGCGCAGCCGUUAAGCGGGGCGUUAAUCCGGACGGGGCGUGGAAUAUUCCUUACCUGGCCGAGUUUUGGUCCGGGGGUGUCGGUGGAGGGGGCGUAUGUGUUAGUGCUCAACACGCUCAGCGGUGCCGUGGAGAAGAAUAGGGCUUUCAAGAACGUUCCAUUCCUGGGUUUACAUGGUCGCGAGCUGGAGCGUCACGAUAUGGCGGCGUUGAGGAUCAAUGUGGUGAAGUGCGUCAAGAGGACGGGGCGGGAGUGA